AACGGUAAUUCCUAUGGACUCGGAUACAAGACACUCUGUACAUUGACAACAUCGCACACUAAUAUUUUUACCACUUCGGACACCACCCCGUUUCGUACACGUGUGACGUGUGGGCUCUUAUCUGCCCAGUACUAGUGUUAUCUUAUCACUGCUGCUACCUCAAUGUUCAGGAACGGAUUUGUCUUAAAACAUCAGGCUGCUUUGAAACAGAUAGGAAGAAAACACUACAAAUAUCUUUCAACUCAGGAAAGGAUACCCUUACAGCAUUUCAAUUCUCGUAUCAAACAACAGCAAUCAAAAAUGUCGAAGCGAGUUCCACAGCAAUAUGACUAUUUUCUUGUGCUUGAUUUUGAGGCCACGUGUGAAAAAUCUAAACAAAUUAAUCCACAGGAAAUCAUUGAAUUCCCAACCCUAAAAGUGAACGCAAAGACUUAUGAAAUUGAAUCACAAUUCCAUCGGUUUGUGAAACCAAUACACAAUCCCAUAUUGAGCCCUUUCUGCACGGGCCUGACUUCAAUAACACAGGAUGUUGUGGAAAAAGCAGACCCAUUUCCCACUGUUUUUAAAGAAUUUGACAAGUGGAUAAAAGAGGAGGUGGGACUUGACAACACUUUUCUUUUUGUCACAUGUGGAGACUGGGAUCUCAAGACUAUGCUCCCAAAUCAGUGUGACCUAGAAAAUCUCCAACUGCCUUCUUACUGUAAGGAAUGGUUGAAUAUUAAAAAGUCCUAUGCUAUUGUGAAAGGAGAUUUUAUCAAAGGCAUGAUGCCAAUGAUUAGGGGUCUCUCACUCAUUCACACUGGCCACCUGCAUCGAGGACUUGAUGACUGUUUAAACAUUGUCAAGAUCUUGAGGGCACUGGCAGACCACGGAUGCAAGUUCCUGCCGACGAUGUCUAUUCAGUAGCAUACAGUACAGUAUUUCAAUUAUGUGCUAGGAAGUUCAAUUUGAUUCUUCUGCAACAAGGAGCUUUUGGUGCUUUUUAACCUUACAUUUUCAGAAAAGUGGUUACAGCUUAGCUGAAUGCAAAGGGGCAUUUCAAUUAUUUUAAUUUGUGAGGGGGGGGGGGUAUUACUGUACUUUCUCAUCAAAAUGAUAAAUGCAAAAUUGUAACCGACAUGAAUGCAGGCCAUGAUUUUGCUCACUUCGAAUGCACAUAAUUUUUCCAGGAAUUUAGGCGAUUCAUAUUAAGAGCGUCUAUUUACCAAAUAAAAUAACUGAAGUAGACAACAUGAGAUGACAAGUAUUUUUCAGUUUCAUCUAAAACUGUUUAUAUUUUACAUGCUCCCCAUUUUGUUAAAGAGGUACAAGAUAAUGCUAGGUAAUUAACAGUGUGACUAUAGAGCACUUGAAAGAUACCCUGUUCUAGUAUCAGACCAGGGUUAUGAUAAUGGGGUGAGGGAAUGGUGCCCAACCUCUUUGAACAAUGGGAAUUGAGCACGGAGCUGCAACAAUUGAGGCCAUUGCUGUUCUGACUAAUCUAUUUGGAUGAAUCAUUCUAAAAUCAAUCUAGUAAACAAAAUUAUGAAGAUUCUUUAAUUUGGCACUCAUUAAAUGCACAAAAUAAAAUAUAAAAAAUGUCUAAUUUGUACUUUUCCAAGUCUAAUGAUGUCAUACUUAUUCAGUUAUUACCUCUUUUCAGCAAGUUUUCUAAUAGAUAAUUUCAAGGCUUGUUAUGGGAUGUAUAAUAUUUUCUUUACGGUGUUAUAUGGAAUACUUCACGCAUAGUCUUUUGAGAGAGCAGAGAUACGUUUGUAGAUAGUGUGGCAGUGGUGCGUGUAAUGCUCUUGUUGAGGAGGGUGCCAUAUUAUGACUGGUCUUCUUUUCCAUCAUUUCUAAGUUUUAACCAAACCAUAAAAAUACGUAAGGGCAAAAUAAUUAUGUAUAUUGUACAUAAGUUUUAAUCUUCAAUCAGAGUUCGGCUUGUACAGUAUGUAUACUCAGUAUAUAGAGUGACGUUUCGUUUGGAAGCGUUUGAAUGGAGCUCGGUGCAGUGAAGUCAGGAUGCAUCGAGUAUCAUCUAAAUGUAAUUACCUAAGUGUAGUUACAGGAUGAGAGUUAUGCUCGUGGUGUCCCGUCUUCCCAGCACUUUGUCAUAUAACGCUUUGAAACUACUGACAGUUUUGGCCUCCACCACCAUCCCACUUAGCUUGUUCCAACCAUCUACCACUCUACAAAAGAAAAUUUUCUAAUGUUUUUGCGGCACCUUUGUUUCCAGCUAUGUGUCCUCUUGUUGUUGAAGUUCCAGGUCUCGGAUAUGUGUAGUAGUUUUCAUGUGCUUUGAUUAUUUAACUCUGUUCACGCCCCAUAACAUGUAACCCAAGUUUUCCUGCAUAUCCAAAUUGGCAUCAGAUACAAAACUUUUUUCUUAUGAAAAUAUGCAUAAAUUCAUGUUCUAUAAUUUAUGGCAACUAAAAAUAGGUCUGAACCAAUUAAGUUGGAUAAUCGAGACACUGUAUUCUGUGUAAAGUACUGUACUGUACUGCAAUUGCUCCCAUAAUUAAGGCAUGCACAGUUCUAUGAUGCUGUGGUCACAUACGGCCAUAAGGCCAGUAACUUCUUUUGUACUUGUGAUCUCAUUCGUUACACAUUGUUGUUUCAACCCCAUGAUGGAAAAUUUAUUGUUAAAACAAUUUUAAAGUGUUUAUUAAUGUACAGUAUUUUCAAAUGAUUAAAUUGUCAAUAAAUAUCA